AUGGACGAACCAUUUGUAGUGGAAGCAUAUAAAUGGCGGAUUCGUGGUCUUAGUAUGGCUUUAAGGCUUCAACUACAAUACUAUGUGACGGCAGUUGCUAGUGUUAGUGUCAAACAAACUAGUAAAUCAGACCCAACUGAGGUAUUUGAUAUUGAUAGCCAAGAUAGUUACCGAGGAGAUGGUGAAUGUGAGAAACCUUAUUGGGAUGAUGCGAUUGAUGAAUAUAUUAGAUGUUCUAAUAAUGAUACUUUUAAAACCACCUAUUCGCCUUAUAUAGAGUAG